GACCUCGCCGGUUCCUGCCUACUCUGCUCAUCCUUCGCUCCGGGCACUUGACAUUCCUAUGGAGCAGUUAAGCAACCGCGAUACAGCACCCUCGAAUGCUCAAGAAUACUACUCGUCGAUCGCGGACGUCGACGUCCAUCACGCAUUUCGCUGCCUUGACGAUGCACAAAAUCUGGACGACCUCUUGGAAGACGCUCGUUCCACAGACAGUCGCAACUUUGUCGUCGACUUCAGCGAUGACACAGCCUGGGCUACUUUUGACCUGGCUCCCAAAGGCAUCGCUGCACUAAUAGAUACCGAGAGGCCGGACUGUCUCAAUACGAGAUGGAUCAACGUGUGGCAUCCUUUUGAGCAGACGAAAAUGCUUGAAGCAUUAGCUCAACGAUAUGACUUCUCGCCUCGUCUUCUCGGAUUAAUGUGCUCAGAUCCUAAACAACCUCGCAAGCCCACACUGUCCCCAAGCUUGAAACAGUCAGUGCAUAAGAGAGGGCCAAGGAAACGCAAGGCUGUGUCUUUUGAGACAAGUGUGUCGUACGAAGAAGCAGACGAGCUCUCGAUCCAUUCAUCCACAUCUUCCAUGAGCAGCGCCAUGAGUGGCAACCACUACAAGAUCGCCUCGGAACUGUGGCAUUACACAUCAGUUGACAUGGGUCGCAACUACCUGUGCGUGGGCUACAACUCCCUAUAUGGCACGAAGCCAGCAGAUCGCAGCACCGAUUCGCAAUCCAACAGCGACAAUCUCCCACACUGCACGCGUGUGUGGACUUGGCUGGUUGUUACCUCUGACAACACCAUCAUCACCGUGCAUGAGGAUCCUUUCCCGCUUGUGCAAGGUCCAUACUCUCCGUUGGAGAGACGUAUACUGGCCGAGCUUCGUCGGAACCUCAUCAGCGUGUUUCGCUCACUGAGCACAGUCCAUGCCGAUUCCUUACUUGAACGCAAUCCUUUAACUCUGCUGCCGCUUCGAAACCGCUUCGGCACGACCCCAGAAGAAACAGCUCAUCGCAGCUCAGAUGCGCCGGGACUAUUGUUCUACUACCUGUUUGAGAAUUGGAGCAACUCUUUCACAUUGGUCACACGAAAAGACAGUCGCUAUGGAAUUGAACUUGCUGCGCUGCGUGCUGCAAUGUUUGAGCAGCCUACACUAGAGCAUAUCGACCGCCUUGACACGAUUGGGAAGGAGCUCGGCGUGCUUCGUCGGCACUACGAGGCAUACAUCCGAAUUAUCGACCGACUUCUCGAGCCACAAGGUCCAACGAUGGCCAGCCUACAAAACAGUCAAAUCGUUGGCUCUGACGACAGCGCCUCUGUGUCGACCAUCAGACCCCGGGUCAAUGGCCCAGUGGUGCGCGAGAAGGAAAGCAUAUUGGGAGUCAGCCUGUCCUCGGCAGCACGAAUCAGAUUUCGACGCUUCCGAGAUCAAAUCGAUCUCUAUGCACUCAAAGAGGUGGAGGAGUACAGCAAGCAAAAAGAGAGCCUUGUUUCUCUGAACUUUAGUUUGAUCGCCAUCAAGCAGUCAAUCGACGUAGAUAGACUCACUCGAAUCGGACUGUUGCUCACGAAAGCGGCCACUCUCUUUUUGCCAGUGUCAUUCAUGGCGGGCUAUUUCUCUAUGCCUCUGGACAACAUUCAAUAUAGCGUCCGCACGUUCUGGAUUUCGUUUGCGGUGGUUCUCAGCCUCUCAUAUCUCGCGCUCUUCGCAUUUGGAGUGAUGAACGGCAAUCUGCAAACGCCAAAUCUAGUCUACGGUGUGGCGGAUGGCAUGUGGAAGAGUGUCGGGUAUAGUUGGUCGGCAGUCGUAGCCAUUAAGAGAAAGGUCAAAAAGAGGCGGUCGUGAGCAGGUGUGCGUAGCGCUAGGAGCCACGUACGGUAACUGUGG